GAUUCCUCCCCUCUCUCCUUCCUUUCUCUUUGGGGGGUUCUGAUAAUAAAAACUACUGAGCGACUUUCCAGUAAUACCGUUGAGUCCCAACCUCCCUCCUCCAGCUGUUCCAUAGCUGUCCAAUCUCUCCCCCCAUGUGACCCCACUGCACAUCCCCACAGAGAGAGAGAGAGAGAUUGUUUUUCUGAUAGAUUUAUCACCAUCAUCAUCAACAAGCCCAGAUCAAAAGGGGGGGAAUUUGAUAAGAAGGGACCAGAGCCCAUGAAGAAGACUAGGAUGAUGUUCUCUUCUUGUUGGUGUCCUUGCUGCUUCCCUUCUGCAGGAACAUUCUCUCCCUUGUGAGUUGUAUUUAUAUGGAGCUCCCUUAGAGAUCAUCAUUCGGUUUGGUUGUUCUUGUGUCAGUUGGAAAUUUCCUUGGGAUUGGUGUGGUGUGUGUCCCUCCUCUCCUUCUGUUUUUUCUCCCCCAGCUUUGGCCCUUAAUUUUAGAGGGAUUGCAACCGAUUUUGAUCCAGUUAAGGCUGUCUAGCAGUUAGCAUCUGUUUGGAUUGGGGGUGGCAUUGUGUGGCAUUGUGUGGCGUUUUGGAUUAUACAAUGGCACAGUUGCCUCCUAAGAUCCCAAACAUGACCCCCAGUUGGCCUGACUUCCCCCUCCACCACCACCAGAAAUUCCCCUUCAUGGGGCCUCACCAAUCGCCCCUCGUCCUCAAUCCGGCCACUGCCGCCGCCCAGAACAACCCUUCUUGGGUCGAUGAGUUCCUCGACUUCUCGGCCGCCCGCCGUGGGUCCCACCGCAGGUCCGCGAGUGACUCCAUCGCCUUCCUUGAGGCACCCCCGCUGCUCGAGCAUUGCCGGAACGCAAGCGCGCCGGGUUCCGGAGCCAACAGCGGCGGCGGCCACAACCACCACGAGUUUGACCGGUUUGACGACGAGCAGUUCAUGUCGAUGUUCACCGAUGAGAUCUCCCCGUCGACCGUGGUGGUGGUACCCCGGACGGGGUCAUCGUCGAACCCAUCAUCGCCGUCCGAUCACAACAGCAUCAACGAGGAGAAGCAGGCGGAUCAGAAGCACCACCAACAGCAGCAACAGCAGCAGCAGCCAAAGAAUGAGCCUGAGGAAGUCCAAAGCCCCUGCCAAUCUGACUCACAGGCCACCACUCCACCCAAUUCAAACCCAGCCAAUUCUGCCGAGAGGAUCAUUGAUCCCAAAAGGGUCAAGAGAAUCUUAGCAAACAGACAGUCUGCUCAAAGAUCAAGGGUGAGGAAGCUGCAAUACAUAUCGGAGCUCGAACGUAGCGUCAACUCGUUGCAAGCCGAAGUUUCAGUGCUGUCGCCAAGGGUUGCCUUCUUAGACCAUCAACGCUUGCUCUUGAACGUGGAUAACAGUGCUCUCAAGCAAAGAAUCGCAGCUUUGGCCCAAGACAAGAUCUUCAAAGAUGCACAUCAAGAAGCAUUGAAGAGGGAAAUAGAGAGGUUGAGGCAAGUUUACCACCAGCAAAGCCUCCAGAAGAUGGAAAACAACAACAGCAACAGCAACAACAACACCAACAACGACGCAUCCGCACCAUCUCCUCCUCCUCCUCCUCCUCCUCCUCCACCUUCAUCGUCUAAGCCCAACAAUCCUCCAUUGGAGCACAGUAAGGAGCAGCUUCUCAGCGCCUGACCUUUUUUGACUCCUGUCCCCAGCUUUGUACCUUAACAUUACUAUCAUUAUUCCCCCAAGUCUAACUUUUUCCCCCCAGAAAAAAAAACAAAAAGGGGACAGAGAGAGAGUGAAAUUAGCCUUCCAAGUUCAACUCUUUUUUUUUUCUCCUUGAACUUUCCAACAUAAAAUGAUCUCCUUCCAUCUAAUUGGGUAUUCAUAUCUCUAUCUAUAUCUAAUAUUUAUGGAAAAAAAAAAAAGUUGGGUAUUCAUUGAUUUUUUUAUGUGGAAAUUCCAUGUGUU